AUUAAUUGCAGAUUGGGUUUCAUAUCACAAUGGGGCGCUUUAGCUGGUCGUUAUGCAGCACUGUGUCCUCCAGGUUGGCCCUGGGCGCCGCAACGUAUGCCUUUUCAUAGUCCCACACAUGACAGUUCCUCCACCAAUACAACGGAGAAUCCCUCCUCGCCCACAUCGCUCAGCCCUAAUCAUAUCGGGAACAACAAUGGCAGCCACAAUCACGGUAGCGGCGCCAACAAUGGCAAUAACAAUGGCACCAAAUCGCCUUCGCCGCAUGGCUACAGCCACAGUCAACAACAGCAUCCACAUCUGAAUCAUCCGCAUCAGCCUACAACGCCCACCAGCAGUAGCGGCGGCAGUGCCGGACAUCCGCAUCUCAGCCAUCACAGUUCGCAUUCGAAUUCGAGUUACUUGCUGCCCACCAGUUCCAACGAGUCGGACGACGAUGGCGAGGAGAUCAUCGAAGAGGAUGAUGGCAACGAUGGUCCUUCGGAUGGCUCCUCGCCGCAGGGUGGCGAUUCGAAUCAAACGAAACGCAAGAAAAAGACACGCACAGUCUUCUCGCGCGCACAAGUCUUUCAGUUGGAGUCCACAUUCGAUAUGAAACGCUACCUCAGCUCGUCGGAGCGCGCUGGCUUGGCCGCCUCGCUGCGUCUAACCGAAACUCAAGUGAAAAUUUGGUUUCAAAAUCGCCGCAAUAAAUGGAAACGUCAAUUGGCGGCUGAACUGGAAGCAGCCAAUAUGGCGAAUAUGGCGCAUGCUGCCCAACGCUUAGUGCGCGUACCAGUGCUCUAUCACGAUGGUUCGGGAACGGGAUUUGUGCCGCCACCACCGCCACAUCAUCACGCAAUGCAGUACUAUGCGGCAGCAGCAGCACGCAACACCAGCCCACCACGACCGCCACUCUCGUCGCUGGUAUAGGGCGUGGGGUGC